GCCUCCCGCGGGAAUCAUUGCUCUAAAUGUUGUAAACACAAAACUAAAAAUUAAUACGGAUAGCAGCAGCCUCCCUCCACCAACAAAUCAGUUAUAUAUGAAGGAAUGGGGAGACCCGAGACGAAGCUUGAUAUGUGGAAAAUAGAGAGGAAGUACAGCAGCAGAGUCCUCAUCGGGAACUGGCUUGAAGACAAACUUAAGUUUACUAAGGAGUUUCCCAGAACUGGUGGCAGCAGCACCUACCAGCAUGAUUACCGUCCAUGGAGGGACCAUGCACCCGACGUCCUUCUCAGAGGAGACGCGCUGCGAAGAGCUGAGGGCGUCCCUGCAGAGCUGCUCCUUUCCCACCACGGCACUCCACGUUCCCACUGCCUCGUCAGCCUGUACGACGAGAUGUACGGGCGCAAGCCCAGCUCUACCCUGAGGUCAUGGUACCCCGACAAGCUGGCCUGGGUGCCCGAGAGGUCGGACCAUCCUGUUCAAAGCCCUCCAACGAACUUUGGCCUGGCCGAGUCGUGGCGAGCCAGGUGGGGGCAGCAGCGGGGUGCCCUGCCCGCUGUGUCCAUGUACCGCUCUGCAUACCUCUGGCACUCCCCCUCUGCCUUUGUCCAGACCCGCUUCAUCCGCUCACCUUCCGCGCCUGCUGGUAGCUCUGCUACUGCCACCACGAGCGAUGCGGCACGGGGCCUCCCAUGGCGUCCAAGCAGCUGCACAGUCAACAAUACCGCAAGCCGCCUGCCUCUCCUACCUCAAGUGUAGGCACUCUGCUGUGGCCACACUCCCUGCUGCUCAACCAGUUCCCGGCUCCUCCCUCUAAACUAGAUCCUUUUCACGAAGUAACAUGUGGCAGUAAAUUAUUUAAAAAUAAAAAAAUCUCAUUUUA